AUGACUCCAAUGAUGUUGGCCUUCAUUAUCUGUGGGUUACUAGUCCAACUGGAUGAAGCUAUCUUUGGACCCCAGAAGUGCUGGAAGAAUAAUUUAGGACACUGCAGAGUACGAUGUUUUGAUACUGAAAGGUACAUACUUCUUUGUAGGAACAAGAUGUCAUGCUGCAUCCACAUAGAACUAUUAUUUGAUGUCACUCGACAGCCACCGCUUCCUAUCAAAGCUGACAAGGAGGACAGAUUUGAUUAUAGCUAUUUGGAAUUUUAUACUGGUGCUGCAGAACCUGGAUUGAAUGAUAUGGUGACAUAUGAUCCACAUGAGACCACAAAAAAUAGUGUAGAUGAAACCGUUUCUUCACCCACCAUUUUCUCUGACAUGGGCAUUGUUCAUGUUAAUUAA